UACUUAAAACGAUUCCAUCUGCACUACUCUCUAUUUCAACUCAAACAUCAUUCAUCUCAGAAAAUGUCCUUGGUUGCUGAGGCACCAGGCUUCCUCCAAGUCUUCUCCAAUGGCACCGUCAAACGCUUCAUUCCUCAAACAGCCUCCUCUUCAGCUGAAUGGUCCAAUAUCUCCUGCACAUACAACUCCAAGGACGUUAUCAUCCAUCCAUCUAAACCCAUUACUGCCAGAAUCUUUCUCCCUACUCAUCCCACCUCCUCUGAUUCAUUGUCACAACUUCCACUCCUGGUUUAUUUCCACGGUGGUGGAUUCUGCAUCGGCUCAACCACUUGGCUCGGCUACCACGUUUUCCUCGGAAACUUAUCAGCCACAGCUAAAACCAUUGUCUUUUCAGUCGACUACCGCCUCGCCCCAGAAAACAAGCUCCCAAUAGCUUACGAGGACUGUUACUCCGCCCUUGAAUGGUUAAGUUCAAGUUCUGAGCCGUGGCUUCGGCAUGCUGAUCUUUCCAGCGUUUUCCUCUCUGGUGACAGUGCUGGUGGAAAUAUAGCUCACCAGGUUGCGAUCAAGGCCAUCAAAGCCAACAUUUUGAAUAUUAGAAUUAAAGGGCUGGUGCCAAUUCAUCCUUUUUUUGGAAGUGAAACCCGAACCGAGCUGGAACUGGCAGACUCCUCGGCUGAUGCGGUGGCCAUGAAUGACAUGUUUUGGAAGCUGAGCUUGCCAGAAGGAUGCGACCGCGAUUUCUACGGGUGCAAUUUCGACAAGGGGGAGACGGAGUGGAGCCUGUUCCCGGCGGUUAUGGUGUUUGUUGCGGGGCUGGAUUUCUUGAAAGAGAGAGGAGUGAUGUAUGUUGAGUUCUUGAAGAGAAAAGGGGUGAAGAAGGUGAGUUUGGUAGAAGCUGAGGGGGAAUCGCAUGUGUUCCAUGUCUGGAAUCCUGAGUCAGAGGCAACGUACUUGCUCCAAAAGCAGAUCACCAGUUUCAUACAGAGCCUGUGAUGAUCAGAAUUAAAUACUGUGUUGGAAGAAUCAGUCUUUUCUAUAUAUACUAUGGAAUGUGGCCUUUCUUAUCUUUUCUUGCAAAGCAGUGUUAAAUU